AUAUCUUUCCUCUUUUGUGCAGAAAAUCAGAAAUCAGAAAUCAGAAAUCAGAAAUCAGGAGAGAGAAAAUCCACACACAAAAAACUUCUUCAAAACAAUUCAUCAAUGGAGGUUAUAGACGGCGUCGUUUUAAAAUCUUCACCUUGUUGUUACACCCACAUAGGAAAACCUUCAUUAACUUCAAAAAAUUCGUCCUUUUUGAGUUCCCAGAUUAAAUUUAGGAGAGAGAAUCGAAUACCCAGUUUCAGAAAAUCUUUAUUGAAAGUGGGAAAUAAUGGGUUUGAAGAAAAAAAUCACUUGGACUAUUAUUCAAUGGUUUCAUCCCCUGUUGUUUGUGGAGAGAAAAAGGGGAAAAAAGGGGUUUCAACAAAGAAGAAGAUGAAAUUAUUGAAGGGUUUAGUUAAGGAUUUAUCUACGUUUUCUGAAUUAGCAUUGGAUUGUGAUGAUAAUAAUCAGGGUUUUGUUGCUGAUGAUAAGUCUAGAAUUAUCUCUCAAGCAGCAGAGAUACUUCUAGCUCAAUUGAAGCAACUGAGAGAAAAAGAACAGAUGAAGGAAAAAGAAGAGAUGGGGAAAUGUAAAUCUCAAGACUGCGAAUCAUCUUCUUCCUCGUCGGAGUCGAGUGAUAGUGAAUGCGAUGAAGUGAUUAAUCUGAAGUGCGUAAAAAACAAGAAAUCGAUUGAAACCAAGAAAAUUCAAUUAGUUAAUGAGGAACCAUUGAUGACUCCACCUAUAACACUUCCUGAGCAAUCUAUGAGUGAACAACUAUCUCAAAACUUAGAACAAAAGUGCAGCAAUAUGAUCCUUGAAAUGACCUUAAACAAGGAUUCAGGAAUUGAAGUUCUAAACUCAGAAACUACGAAUCUUAAUCAAUCGAAAAUCGAGGUUUGUAUGGGUGGGAAGUGCAAGAAAUUAGGUGCCCCAGCAUUGAUGGAGGAGUUUCAGAGAGUAGUGGGUGAUGAGGGAGUCGUUGUAGGAUGUAAGUGUAUGGGAAAGUGUAAGAGUGCUCCUAACGUCAAGGUUCUAAACAACAAUGUAGGUGAUGAUUCUUUGAGAACACCUAGUAAUGCUCUCUACGUUGGUGUCGGUUUAGAAGAUGUAGGGUUGAUUGUUGCGAAUUACUUGGGGGAUGAGUCAAAUGGUGAUCAGUUGCGCUUUGCUGCUUCAGGCGUUCUCCACUGAAGAAUUUAAUGUCAUUUGCUGAAAUUUAUUCACUUCUGUGCAAUACUUUUGCUGAGAAUAGUGGUCGAAAAUUUGAAAUCUUAUGAAGAUUGAGAAACUGAAGUAGGAUUUGUAAGGAUGAUAUUGCAGAUUGUUAAGCAAGAAACUAGCGAGAUUGUGAAUACGAAGCUGAAUUGUUCCUGUGAAUGUGAAGCUGUCUUUUUGUACAUAACUACUGUUUUUCUGUAGUUAUUCAAUAUAGUGCGAUUCUUGAUAAAGAGAGGAGUAAGAAACUACAGGGAAGAGAAGAUAUUAUGAAGUAAGCAUAAUUGUAUUAUCAAGUACUGUAUGAUAUAAUGUUUAUUAUGCAAAUUAUCAUUACAUCUUU